ACGAAGCAACAAGAAAGGCAAUAAUAUUUUACUUUUUAUAUGGCGUAACUUAGUUAGAACAGAAUAAGUAAAUAAUUUAGUAUUAGUGAAACAUCAAUGAAAAUGGCUAACAUAUCAACAAUAAACUGGCUAUUCGUCUGUGGCUUAGCAUUUUGCAUAGGUGGCAUCGCAGUGCUCAGUUUUAUGCCGCUUAGCUCAGAUUGCAUCUGCCCGCUGAAGAGCCCACUGAGUCGAAUGAGCAGCGAAGAGUUGGCGAAUAUUAAAUCUCAUAGUGCGCCACCAGCUCUGCAUAAGAUGGCAGUUUUGGUGCCGUUUCGGGACAGAUUCGAGGAGCUUCUACAAUUUGUACCACAUCUAACGAACUUCCUACGUGACCAAAGAAUUGAGCAUCAUAUCUUUGUGCUCAAUCAGGUGGACAGAUAUCGAUUUAAUCGCGCCUCGCUAAUUAAUGUGGGUUUCCAUUUCACCAGCGAAGUCUACGAUUAUAUUGCCAUGCACGAUGUGGAUCUGUUACCACUGAAUAAGGAUCUCUUGUAUGAGUAUCCCAGCGAAUUGGGACCGCUGCACAUUGCCGGCCCCAAGCUCCAUCCCAAAUACCACUAUGAUAAUUUCGUCGGUGGGAUUUUACUGGUGCGUCGCGAGCACUUCAAGCAAAUGAACGGCAUGUCGAAUCAAUACUGGGGCUGGGGAUUGGAGGAUGAUGAGUUCUUUGUGCGCAUCCGGGAUGCGGGACUGCAAGUUACACGUCACCAAAAUAUUAAGACUGGCAUCAACAACACUUUUAGUCAUAUACACAAUCGCCAUCAUCGCAAACGGGAUACGCAAAAAUGCUUCACUCAGAAGGAGAUGACACGGAAAAGGGAUCACAAUACCGGCCUUAAUAAUGUUAGCUAUAAAAUACUAAAAGUACACAAGCUGGCUAUUGAUGGCAUCAAUGUGACAGUGUUGAACAUAUUGCUCGAUUGUGAUGUAAAUAAGACGCCGUGGUGCGAUUGUUCCGGAACUGCAGCAGCUGCUUCCGUUGUACAAACCUAGACCUAGUCUAAAUAAUAAUAGAAAAAGAAGAAGAAAACACGAAUUUGCUCCUUUUUGCCACAAACUUAA